GCAGUGUGUUUUUUCGACCAACAGGAGGCGUGUCUUCCCCACGGCCGGAGCGGAGCGCAGCAAGACGCGAGUCUGAAGGAACCGAUCUGGCUCGUCUCUCUAUCGGAACAAAUCAACUACUUUCUCAGCUCAUUCUAUUCGAAGACCGCCCGUGAAUGGAUUUCUCCCGGAUUUGCCCAGACUAACAUGGAUGCCCCACCGUUAGCUGAGUGGGAAGGUUGUUUCUUGGCGCAGUGAGCUGGACACGCAGCGCUUGCUAAUGGAUCUGGGGAAACGACUGAUACCUUCUCCCUGACUGACCAUGCCGUGAUCUUGCGCGUGGGCCGUCACCCUGCUUAACGUCAAAAGAAACAUUUCGGGGGAAUCUACCGAUCCAGGGAAUAAAUACUGUGGCAUCACACAGACACCAUGAAGAUUACCUCCCCGCUCAUAAGUAAAGCGAGAUUCAGGUGCACCGUCAGGCUUCUACUGCUGCUAUUACUAUGUGUGGGAUAUUCUCGCGGGAUGCCACACGUUUUAAGAUUUGGAGGAAUAUUUGAGUCCAUUGAGUCGGGGCCGUCAGGUGCUGAGGAACUAGCCUUUAAAUUUGCUUUAAAUACAAUCAACAGGAACAGAACCCUACUGCCAAACACAACGCUAACAUACGACAUCCAACGGAUAAACAUAUACGACAGCUUCGAAGCCUCCAGAAAAGCCUGCGACCAACUAUCUCUGGGGGUGGCGGCCAUCUUCGGGCCCUCCCACAGCUCGUCGGCCAAUGCGGUCCAGUCCAUCUGUAACGCGCUUGGCGUGCCCCACAUCCAGACCAAAUGGAAGCACCAGGUGUCUGACAACAGGGACUCCUUCUACGUCAGCCUCUACCCAGACUUCUCCUCUCUCAGCCGAGCCAUUCUGGACCUGGUUCACUUCUUCAAGUGGAAGACGGUCACCGUUGUCUAUGAUGACAGCACAGGUCUUAUUCGGUUACAGGAGCUCAUAAAGGCUCCAUCUCGCUACAACAUCCGCUUGAAGAUCCGCCAGUUGCCAGCGGACACCAAGGACUCCAAGCCUCUCCUCAAGGAGAUGAAGAGAGGGAAGGAGUUCCACGUCAUCUUCGACUGUGGACACGAAAUGGCUGCCGGCAUCCUAAAACAGGCUCUUGCUAUGGGGAUGAUGACAGAGUACUAUCACUACAUCUUCACCACACUGGACCUGUUUGCGCUGGACGUGGAGGCCUACCGUUACAGUGGGGUGAACAUGACUGGCUUUAGGAUCCUGAAUACGGAGAACAGCCAAGUGGCCUCCAUCAUAGAGAAGUGGUCCAUGGAACGCCUGCAGGCCCCGCCCAAACCUGACUCUGGCCUACUGGACGGCUUCAUGACGACGGACGCUGCGCUCAUGUACGAUGCCGUGCACGUGGUGGCCGUGGCCGUGCAGCAGUCUCAGCAGAUCACUGUCAGCUCCCUACAGUGCAACAGACACAAACCCUGGCGCUUUGGGAACAGAUUCAUGGCCCUCAUCAAAGAUGCCCACUGGGAUGGCUUGACUGGGCGGAUCACUUUCAACAGAACCAAUGGCUUGAGGACAGACUUUGACCUGGAUGUGAUUAGUCUGAAGGAGGACGGACUGGAGAAGAUUGGAACAUGGGACCCUCCUAGUGGCUUGAACAUGACAGACCACCAGAAGGGGAAGACAUCCAAUGUCACAGACUCCUUAGCCAACAGAUCUCUAGUUGUCUCCACCAUACUGGUGGAGCCCUAUGUGAUGUUCAAGAAGUCAGACAAGCCCCUUUACGGUAACGACCGCUUUGAGGGUUACUGUAUCGACCUGCUGAGGGAGCUGGCUAGCAUCCUGGGGUUCACCUACGAGUUGCGUCUGGUGGAGGACGGCCGCUACGGGGCCCAGGACGAGACCACGGGCCAGUGGAACGGCAUGGUCAAGGAGCUGAUUGACCACAAAGCUGAUCUGGCUGUGGCUCCCCUGGCCAUCACCUACGUGAGGGAGAAGGUCAUCGACUUCUCCAAGCCCUUCAUGACACUGGGGAUAAGUAUCCUCUACCGCAAGCCCAACGGAACCAACCCUGGGGUCUUCUCCUUUCUCAACCCCCUCUCACCUGAUAUCUGGAUGUAUAUUCUGCUGGCUUACUUGGGUGUCAGUUGUGUGCUGUUUGUCAUAGCCAGGUUUAGUCCCUACGAGUGGUAUAACCCCCACCCCUGCAACCCCGACUCAGAUGUAGUGGAAAACAAUUUCACCCUGCUAAAUAGUUUCUGGUUCGGAGUUGGAGCUCUCAUGCAGCAAGGCUCUGAGUUAAUGCCCAAAGCCCUGUCCACCAGGAUCGUAGGAGGCAUCUGGUGGUUCUUCACCCUGAUAAUCAUCUCCUCCUACACGGCCAACCUGGCUGCCUUCCUCACUGUGGAGAGGAUGGAGUCGCCCAUCGACUCAGCUGACGAUCUUGCCAAGCAGACCAGGAUAGAGUAUGGAGUGGUAGAGGAGGGAUCCACCAUGACCUUCUUCAAGAAAACCAAGAUCUCCACAUACGACAAGAUGUGGGAGUUUAUGAGCAGUCGGAGGCACUCUGUGAUGGUGAAGGAUAUUGACGAAGGGAUCCACCGAGUUCUCACCUCGGACUACGCCUUCCUCAUGGAGUCCACCACCAUCGAGUUUGUCACCCAGCGCAACUGCAACCUUACGCAGAUAGGGGGUCUCAUCGACUCCAAAGCCUACGGUGUGGGAACCCCCAUGGGCUCUCCGUACAGAGACAAGAUCACCAUAGCGAUCCUGCAGCUGCAGGAAGAAGGAAAGCUGCACAUGAUGAAGGAGAAGUGGUGGAGGGGGAACGGUUGUCCGGAGGAUGAGAAGAAUAAGGAGGCCAGCGCUCUGGGGGUCCAGAACAUCGGGGGCAUCUUUAUCGUCCUGGCGGCUGGACUCGUCCUGUCGGUGUUCGUGGCAGUCGGAGAGUUCAUCUAUAAAUCCAAACAAAACGCACAACUGGAAAAGAGGUCCUUCUGCAGUGCCAUAGUGGACGAAUUGCGGGUGUCCCUCAAGUGCCAGCGGCGCCUCAAACACAAGCCUCAGCCGCCCGUCAUGGUCAAGACAGAGGACGUCAUCAACAUGCACACCUUCAACGACCGCAGACUGCCAGGCAAAGAGACCAUGGCCUAGAACAGGACUCCCUCUCUCCCUCUCUCCCUCUCCCUCUCUCUCUCCCUCUCCCUCUCUCUCUCUCUCUCUCUCUCUCGCUCUCGCUCUGCUGUCACUGGGAGGCGUGUAGGGUGAAGAGACACUGGGGGAGGGAGGAAGGGUGAUAGUUGAUUUAUGUAAGUGUAUGGGGGGGUAAGAGAGAUGGGAGAAGAGAAGAGAGGAGCUGAGCUGCUCUGAUCACUGACUGUCUGGCAUCUUUGUUUCGAAACACUAAGCUAGAAAUGAAAAGAGAUUCAACAAUGUUUCCUGUGGAAAUAACUUGAACCAACCUGGGAGCAAUUCAAUGUGAGUUACCUCAUUACUCUACCUGGCAAUGCACCUGAGCAAGGAGUGACCAAGUGGUGCCAUGAUUUAGUAUCAAAAAAAGAGAGAGAUAAACCCAGGAUUCAGAGGAAAGGAGGGAGGGCAGGUUAAAUUGAAAGUAUAGAAUAUCAUACAGCUACUGUAUAUGUUUGGUUGUCCCUUAGAAAUCACAGGUCCAAAUUGAAUCAAUAUUUAUCUGCUACCCAACCACUCUCUCUCUCACUGAGUAGAAUCAGGAGAACGUACAUCACUCAGUCAUAGCUAUGGAGCAAACACAUACACAGAUACUAAUAGACAAAACUGAGAGAAAAUCAGUUGGCGAGUGUGUAAAGGACACAUCUUGUUAUUAUUCAACCAUAGAAGAAGAAGGAGACCAGAUGGGCUAGAAACAGCCAGUUCCAAAUGAAACCCAAAGCCCAAAACGCAUUGGUGAGCAGGACAGGACUGCUCCCAACAUGUACAGAGGCAUCGUUUAUUCAUAUGAUUCACUGUUGGAAAGAAUACAGUACAUUAUCCAUCGGGCAAUAGGUUAUUUCAUUUAUUUUGUUUUCAGAGUACUAAACAUUUUGUUGAAUUAUGGUGGAUGGGAAAAACAUUUUGAAUAAAAACAUAUAUACAUAUAUAAAUACAAGCAGAGACUGAUGACCGGGGGAGGGGCAGUGAUGUAAUAGAGGAAUUAGGUGAUAGGAACUGGAAGUGACAUGAGUGGCGGACAUGAUGAAAGUACUAACCUUAGAAACCUUAGUCGUUUGAAUUGAAGGAAAGCAGGACAGCAGUAGUGGAUCUGAAACUAAAUUCACAGCAAUCACACAACAUGAGGAAUUUAUUUAUUCAAGUAUUUAUUUCUUUAUUUAUAUUUUCAUUGACUGGAUUUUCACAGCAGCUGCAAGGAUACAGUACACACCUCAUUUUCAGAUUUGAUGGGUACAAAUGUUUUGGUUUUGUUUUUUGUUCAAUGUCAAGUCUCAAGUUUCUUUUUGUACUCUAGUGGCAUUUAUUUUAAUAACAAAAUCCUCACAUUUACUUGUGCAAAUGCAAUUUCUAUGAAAAAGUGUUUUUGUACGAAGAAAAUAAAACAUUUUGUAAUAAUUUUUAUCAACAAAAAAAAUGUACCACGGGUGUCACCACGGCAGACAGCGUGACUCUCUCUCCACUGCGGGCCGUGUGGGUGUCCCAAGGGAUAGCAGCCCCAUCUAGGAUAGCCCCGUCAGGCCUAACACAACCCCCUCCAGGGGGUCACGAGAACAACCCCUCCAUGGACUGGCAUCACACCGAUGGGGUCUCCAGAGCAUUCUGGUUGAGCUUCAGUGGCAUAAUACAUGUUUUGGAAAAAACUAUUUUUAUCAUGUAAAGGAAUCCUAUUUAAAAUAAAGAUAUUUUUACUUCAGGUGAAAAGAGUAAUGAUUAAACAAUAAUUAGAACAAUAAAUAUAUAUAUACACACACAAAGAAGUUGAAGUGAAGAGGACUGCCAACGAUGCUUAUCAUUCUACACCCCUGACUUCCAAUAGACUGCUAGAUUUCAGUGCUGAGAAAUUGUGUGUAAAUGGUUUUAAAAACAGAGAAAUAUGUAUUUAACAGAAUAAGGAACACCUAACUAAUUUUGAACAUGUUAUGAAAACUAAACGGAGUGCACACAGUUUACUGUUUGAAGUUGAUGCACAAGUUUAAAGAAAAUAAAAAAAAAUAUUCACAUC